GUGAUUAGUAGCCCAGCCGUUAAACCGACCAAGCUCGAGCUCACCAGCGCGCGGUGCACAAAAGGCCCCGGAUGAUCGGUUGAGGUUAAAAACGAGAAGGAAUUUGGCUCCUGGAAUCUCAAACAUGGCACGCCAGUUUUGCUGUCUCUGUCCAGAUGUUUGAGAAGUGGAGCAAGGGAUUCAAUCAACCAUCCUACCUGCUCAGACAGUGGGAGUGGAUUCACUCGGUUAUCUCAAUUGAAGGUACAUCAGCAAGUUCACACUGGACAAGGCCAUUCAUCUGAUCUGUGUGUGAGAAGGGAUUCAGUCGGUCUUCCCACCUGUGGACACACCAGGCAAUUCACACUGGGCAGAGGCUGGUCAUCUGCUGAAUUUGUGGGGAAGGAUUCACUCGGUCAUCUGACCUAAUGGCUCACCAGCGAGUUCACACUGGGGAGAAACCAUUCACCUGCUCAGUCUGUGGGAAGAGAUUCACUGAUUCAUCCACCCUACAGAGACAUCAGCGAAUUCACACUGGGGAGAAGCCAUUCACCUGCUCAGAAUGUGGGAAGAGAUUCUCUCAGUCAUCCGACCUACAGAGACAUCAGCGAGUUCACACUGGGGAGAAGCCGUUCACCUGCUCAUUCUGUGGGAAGAGAUUCACUGAUUCGUCCACCCUACAGAAACACCAGCGAGUUCACUCUGGGGAGAAGCCGUUCAACUGCUCAGAAUGUGGCAUGAGAUUCACUGAUUCAUCCCACCUGCAGAGUCACCAGCGAGUUCACACUGGGGAGAAGCCGUUCACCUGCUCAGUCUGUGGGAAGGGAUUCAGUCAGUCAUUCACCCUACAGAGACAUCAGCGAGUUCACACUGGGGAGAAGCCGUUCCCCUGCUUAGAAUGUGGGAAGAGAUUCACUAGGUCAUCCAGACUACUGGCACACCAGUCAGUUCACACGGGGGAGAGGCCGUUCACCUGCUCAGAAUGUGGGAAGAGAUUCACUUGGUCAUCCUGCCUACAGAGUCAUCAGCGAGUUCACACGGGGGAGAAGCCAUUCACUUGCUCAGAAUGUGGGAAGAGAUUCACUGAUUCGUCCACCCUACAGAGACAUCAGCGACUUCACACCGGGGAGAAGCCAUUCACCUGCUCAGAAUGUGGGAAGAGAUUCACUCAGUCAUCCGAUCUACAGAGACAUCAGCGAGUUCACACUGGGGAGAAGCCGUUCACCUGCUCAGUCUGUGGGAAGAGAUGCACUCAGUCAUCCGAUCUGCAGAGUCAUCAGCGAAUUCACACUGGGGAGAAGCCAUUCACCUGCUCCAAAUGUGGGAAGAGAUUCACUGAUUCAUCCCACCUACAGAGUCACCAGCGAGUUCACACUGGGGAGAAGCCGUUCACCUGCUCAGAAUGUGGGAAGAGAUUCACUUACUCAUCCAACCUACAGAGUCAUCAGCGAGUUCACACUGGGGAGAAGCCGUUCACCUGCUCAGAAUGUGGUAAGAGAUUCACUAGGUCAUCCGGACUGCUGGCACACCAGUCAGUUCACACGGGGGAGAGGCCAUUCUCCUGCUCAGUCUGUGGGAAGAGAUUCACUAAUUUGUCCACCCUACAGAAACACCAGCGAGUUCACACUGGGGAGAGGCCGUUCACCUGCUCAGAAUGUGGGAAGAGAUUCACUCAGUCAUCCGACCUACAGAGACAUCAGCGAGUUCACACUGGGGAGAAGCCGGAGCGACCGUUCACCUGCUCAGACUGCGGGAAGGGAUUCACUCAGUCAUCUAACCUGAAGGUACAUCAGAGAGUUCACACUGGGGAGAGGCCAUUCACCUGCUCGGACUGUGGGAAGGGAUUCACUCGAUCAUCCCAACUGAAGGUACAUCAGCGAAUUCACACUGGGGAGAGGCCAUUCACCUGCUCAGACUGUGGGAAGGGAUUCACACAGUUAGGUAACCUACAAGCACAUCAGCGAGUUCACACUGGGGAGAGGCCAUUCACCUGCUCAGACUGUGGGAAGGGAUUUGCUCGAUCAUCUGAUCUACAGAUACAUCAGCGAGUUCACACUGGGGAGAGGCCGUUCACCUGCUCAGACUGUGGGAAGGGAUUCACUUCGUCAUCUCAACUGAAGGAACAUCAGAGAGUUCACACUGGGGAGAGGCCAUUCAUCUGCUCAGACUGUGGGAACGGAUUCACUUCGUCAUCUCAACUGACGGUGCAUCAGCGACUUCACACUGGCGAGAGGCCGUUCACCUGCUCAGACUGUGGGAAGGGAUUCACUCGAUCACCUGAUCUGCAGAUACAUCAGCGAGUUCACACUGGGGAGAGGCCGUUCACCUGCUCAGUUUGUAGGAAGGGAUUUACUCAGUCAUCUCAUCUGCAGAUACAUCAGCGAGUUCACACAGGGCAGAGGCCAUUCACCUGCUCAGACUGUGGGAAGGGAUUCACACAGUCAGCUCACCUACAAGAACACCAGUCAGUUCACACUGGGGAGUGGCCAUUCACCUGCUCAGACUGUGGGAAGGGAUUCACUUGCUCAUCUAAACUGAAGGUACAUCAGCGAGUUCACACUGGGGAGAGGCCAUUCACCUGCUCAGACUGUGGGAAGGGAUUCAAUUUAUCAUCUCAUCUGAAGGUACAUCAGCGAGUUCACACUGGAGAGAGGCCGUUCACCUGCACAUACUGUGGGAAGGGAUUCACUCAGUCAUCCGACCUACUGAAACACCAGCGAUUUCACACUGGGGAGAGGCCGUUCACCUGCUCAGUCUGUGGGAAGGGAUUCACUCGAUCAUCUGAUCUACAGAGACACCAGCAAGUUCACACUGGGGAGAGGCCGUUCACCUGCUCAGACUGUGGGAAGGGAUUCACUCAGUCAUCCCAACUGAAGGUGCAUCGGAGAGUUCACACUGGAGAGAGGCCAUUCACCUGCUCAGACUGUGGGAAGGGAUUCACUCAGGCAUCUCACCUACUGAGACACCAGUCAGUUCACACUGCGUAG